AUGAAUCGCCUACCAGCUCAUAGCCCAGACAGUGACGACUCUGGUUCGGACUGGGAUACCACUGUGGCAGAGUCUCUUAUACACAAUGGAGCUGCAAAGGCUUCAGGUGUCCCUGCCUUCAAAAUUGACAUGAAUAAUCAUUAUGGAAAAAUCACUCCCAGAUCAAGACAUGGUUAUAAGGGCAUGAGGGAGUCUAAUUCAAAUGGGACAUUGAAUUGUGGGUCACCAGAAAGUGUGGCAAGUCAGGAAAUAUCACAGACAAAAGGUGGAUCACAGAUGAUGUCCCCACCUCCACACAUGACAACAUUUCAAAAUGCUUUAACAGAUUACUCUGUAGGACGUGAUGCACCACCAGAUCUUCCACCAAGGGGUUAUGAGACCAAAGGAAAACUGUACACCGUGCCAGAAGCUGAAACUUUUGCUUCCCCUCAAGCCCACUGGGAUGACAGUGAUGCAGAAGAACGAGUAUUGAAGGAUCUUCAGAAAAAUUUGGCUAAGGACAAAAGGAGACAUCAGACAACAACUAGAGAUAGAAAAGUUAUACUGACAGGGAUAGAUAAAAUGAAUGGUACGUACACUUUUGUUUGCAA